AACAUAUCAGAUUCACUCCUCCGUUUGAAAAACUAAUAAGAUCUGAAAACUAUUUAACAAGCGAAAUAAAACAAGAAAAUGGCAGCAGCUACAGCACAGAAAUUUAACGAACGUUUUCAGACGUUUAUGACGGGGCUCAACGAUCGCUAUGAGCCGCAUGUGCGCCAGCACCUGGCCAAGGUGUACAUGGUCUUGGGCAGCACUGCAGCCGCGACAACUGUGGGAGCCCUCUGCCAGAUGCGCGAUGUGCUAGAUCUCGGUGUGCUGGCUGCCCUGGCCACGCUGGUGCUGGUUUUGGGGCUGCAUUUCUACAAGGACGAUGGAAAAAACUAUCGCACACGUUUGAGCAUGCUCUAUGCCUUUGGAUUUUGCUCUGGGCAGACAUUGGGACCGCUGUUGGGCUACAUAAGCAGCAUCAAUCCGGCCAUUAUCGUCACGGCCCUCACUGGUACCUUUGUCACCUUUCUAUCGCUCUCGCUGGCCGCACUCCUGGCCGAGCAGGGAAAGUAUCUAUACCUGGGCGGCAUGUUAGUAAGCGUGGUCAACACCAUGGCCCUUUUGAGCCUUUUCAACAUGAUAUUCAAAUCGUACGUCGUUCAAGUGACUCAACUAUAUGUGGGAGUAUUCGUCAUGGCCGCUUUUAUAGUUUACGAUACUCAAAACAUAGUACAGAAGUGCCGCAAUGGUAACCGCGAUGUUGUACAGCAUGCCCUAGAUCUUUUCUUCGACGUAUUGAGCAUGUUCCGUCGUUUGCUCGUAAUCUUGACUCAGAAGGAGGAGCGAAAGCAAAACGAGCGCCGCAGGAGGAACUAAGGUCUGGCGGUAGCAGCAAAAUACAACCAAAAAACAAACAAUUUAUACAUCUACCAUAUGUACACUACAAAACUGAUUACGUUAGAAAAUUCUCAAUUUUUUCAAACAUACGGCCGUGCAUAUUUCGGCUCUUAAAUUACAAUACACUCAAAUGUUCAUUGUGCAAAAGCCCAGGCGAAAAAUUCUAUAUUUAAAUAAACCCGAAGUUAAAGAAAAA